AUUUGAUAUAUUACUAUACAUUUAACUAGAUUGGUAUUUUUAUGCAGAAGGGCUUUUAGUUGUAUUUUGUUGUCUCUUACAAGUUUAUAUUAUAACAGUGUGACAAUAAUUGAAUGGGAAAUUAUAACUUUAAAUUCUUCUUCAGUCGUAAUGACUUUAAUUUUUGAUUGAAUUUCUUUUAUAUUUUUAGGAUUUGUACUUUUUAUUUCUUCAAUAGUGUUAUUCUACAGAGGUGAUUAUAUAGAGGGAGACAAAAGAUUUAAUCGCUUCAUAUAUUUAGUUCUUGCUUUUGUAUUGUCUAUAGGUGCUUUAAUUGUAAGGCCAAAUAUAAUUAGAAUUUUAUUAGGUUGGGAUGGGCUAGGUUUAGUAUCAUACGCAUUAGUUAUUUUUUACCAAAAUGAAAAAUCUGCAAAUGCAGGAAUACUAACAGUUUUGUCUAACCGAGUUGGUGACGUUGCUAUUCUUCUUAGAAUCUCUUUAAUAUUUAUAGCAGGAGGUUGAAAUUUUAUUUUAUACAGAAGAUAUAUAAGGGAUUCUAAUUUGUUAUUAAUAAAAUGUUUAGUUGUCAUAGCAGCUAUAACAAAAAGGGCUCAAAUCCCCUUUUCUGCUUGGCUUCCAGCUGCCAUGGCAGCUCCUACUCCAGUGUCUGCACUAGUUCAUUCUUCUACUCUAGUUACGGCAGGUGUUUAUUUAUUAAUUCGUUUUAGCCCAGCUUUAAUAGGAUCAGAAGCCCAAUCUGUUUUAUUAAUUAUUUCUUGUCUGACAAUAUUUAUAGCAGGAUUAGGGGCUAAUUUUGAGUAUGAUUUAAAAAAGAUUAUUGCUUUAUCAACAUUAAGUCAACUUGGUGUAAUACUAAGGAUUUUAGCUCUUGGUUUUGCUGACUUAGCUUUUUUCCAUUUAUUAGCUCAUGCUUUGUUCAAGGCACUCUUAUUUAUAUGUGCUGGAGUAGUUAUUCAUGCUGUAAAAGAAUACCAAGAUAUCCGUUGUAUAGGAAGAUUAGUUUUUAGAAUACCUUUAACUAGAACUUGUAUAAAUUUGGCUAAUUUAGCUUUAUGUGGAAUACCAUUUUUGGCAGGAUUUUAUUCUAAAGAUUUAAUUUUAGAAGUGGCUUUUAUAAGAAAUAUUAAUUUAUUAGCUUUCGUUUUAUAUGCUUUGGCUACAGGAUUAACUGUUUGUUAUAGAUUUCGUUUAGUUUAUUAUAGUUUGACUGGUCUAUUUAAUUUAAGAAGGAUGAGUCAAGUUAACGAUAAAAGUGUUGUUAUAACUAGAUCAAUGAUAAGAUUGAGGAUUGGUGGUGUCACGGGUGGAGCUUUUUUGUCUUGAGUGAUUUUCCCUGAAUCAUAUAUAAUUUGUUUAACUUUCACGUUUAAAGUGUUGGCUUUAGCAUUAAGAGUGUUAGGAGCUUUAAUUGGUUAUCUUUUAAAUAUUAUAAGUGUAAACUAUAGGUUACGUAGAUUAAAAAGUUAUAGUAAAGUUGUGUUUAUAGGGUCUAUGUGGUUUAUACCUUUUUUAUCUACAUUUAAUUUGAGUCAUGUUAGGUUAAAAACUGCGGGCGCAUGUAUGAAGGUUGGUGACUAUGGAUGAUCCGAACAUUUUGGGGGUCAAGGUUUGUAUUCUAAUGUUAUACAUCAAUCAGGGUACCUUCAAGUUUCUCAAAAUAGAAGUGUAAGAAUUUAUAUAAAAAGGUUUUUAUUUUGAGUAAUUGUUGUAUUUUUUAUUAUAAUUU